ACGGACACCUGGGGUUUUUCUUUGACAUGGUACUUGUGUGUAGGAGAUAAGUGCUGAGUUCUGGGCGCCCGAGGAAAGAGUCCCCGAAACGUUGAGAGGUGUUUGUCCUUGUGGAGCGUCGCCGUUAUUGGAUGAAGUGUCUGCCUUAUGUCUGGAGUAGGACUCCUCUAUUAGGACAGGACAUCUCUAGACUCAGGGGGUGGAUUCGAAAUGAAGGUACACUUGCACACGAAAUUUUGCUUUUUUUGCUUGUUAACUUUUAUUUUUCCUCACUGCAACCACUGCCACGGGUACGUGCACGACCACACCUCCGAAGAAAGCCACACUCACAGUCACAACGACUACCAGAUUUCACAAGAGCCCUACCUGCAGACUCGAGCCUCCGAGCCGUCCACGAGCAAGUCUCCAUCGUCCGAAGCCGAGCACGAGCAAAAAUACUUUAUCGAAAAAUUAUUCCAUCGCUAUGGGGAGAACGGAAGACUGUCGUACUACGGGCUGGAAAGACUUUUAUCUAGUUUGGGUCUGGGGAAGCUAAAAGAGGUUGAAAUAGGUCACGAGGACACUGACCACGAUCCAGUUUCACAUUUGGAUUUGGAUCAUGUAGAUUCCCACCCCCAUGAUAAAAAUGACUCAAAAACUGCCAAGGAGUGUAAAGACAAAAAGGCGACGAAAGCCAUCCACAAAAAUCACCCGCACCACCACCACGUUCAUAAUGCCACACACCAUUCUCACAACAGUAGCCACCAUAAUCACACGGCCAGCCACGUGUCGCUCGACGGAAAGACAGACGAACCCUUGAACGGUACAAAUACCACCCUGGAGCAAAACAAAAAGAAAACGCGCAAGCAUAAAGAGAGGCGGAAAGGGGCAAAAACCAGCGAGGUGACCGUAGACUCUCAGUUGGAUUUUGAACACGCUCAAGAUGAGAACAAGCUCGGCUACAACCCCGACCAUAACCACGCCGAAUCGCUUCGAUCCAACGUGGACGCUGAUAAUCUCGAAUCUGAAGAACACAAGCAGGGCUCUGAAUAUCUUCAGAGAAACACCCGUAAAAGAGAGGCUCCCAAUCAUCACACUACUAUAAAAACCCACACGAGAAGUCACGGCCCACAUGACGAUAAAGUGCAUGAACAUGAUGAGUGUUUGAAUGUCACUCAGCUCCUCAGUUACUACGGGCUAAACGCCGACUCUCCCAUUUCCCCCGAGCAGUUUGCUUACCUGUGUCCUGCGCUCUUGUACCAGAUCGAUAGCCGGUUUUGCAUCAAGCAUUUCACCGAUUUGGAAGUGGAGGAAAAUAAAGGGGCAGCAUUUGCCUGGAUCUGCGGCCUCAUCUCUAUCACGGUCAUCAGUCUCUUGUCUCUGCUGGGGGUGAUUCUGAUUCCCAUCAUUAACCAAGGUUGCUUCAAGUUCUUGCUUAACUUCCUUGUGGCCCUGGCUGUGGGAACUUUAAGUGGCGACGCUCUUCUGCAUCUCUUGCCCCAUUCCCAAGGGGGGCACGACCAUGCUGCAGGAGAACACGGUAACGGCCAUGGCAGCGAUUUGGAUGCAGCCCCAAGCAAGGAGUUUUUGGAAGAGUUUGACAGUGUUAUGAAGGGUCUCGUGGCCCUCGGGGGGAUUUAUCUGCUCUUCAUAGUUGAGCACUGUCUCCGAAUGUUCAAACAUUAUAAGGAGAGGAAGGGAAGACCAAGUAGGUUGAAGUGGAAGCAGAAAGCAGACGAGUCUGCAGUGGGAAGGAAAUUGUCCGAUCACAAGCUGAAUCGCCGAUCAGACACCGUGUGGUUACAACUAAAACCCUUGGCAGUCACUGAAGACGCGGCCGCCUCCGAAUCCCAGCAGCUGAAUGAGACCGAGAUGACGUACGUGGACAGUCUCCAUCAGUCGCCUGGGAAGGUUUUCGUUGCGGUUGACGACGCCGUGCCGCACAUCAGCAAGGACGACGAUCACAGCGUCGAUGACGGACAGUUUGAUAAUAAUCAUGCACAAGCCAACAUGCCAAAGAGACACAGUCACCUCAAACACUCCCACCAUUCCCAUGGCCACUGCCACUCGGGGAAAGACAUGAAGGACACUGGGAUUGCCAAUAUAGCGUGGAUGGUGAUCAUGGGAGACGGGAUGCAUAAUUUUAGUGAUGGACUCGCCAUAGGCGCUGCCUUCAGUGCCGGCCUGACAGGUGGAAUUAGCACGUCGGUCGCUGUUUUCUGCCACGAGCUGCCCCAUGAAUUAGGGGACUUUGCUGUACUUCUGAAAGCCGGGAUGACGGUCAAUCAAGCCAUUGUGUACAAUCUCCUGUCUGCCAUGAUGGCUUAUGUAGGCAUGCUGCUAGGGACAGCAGUCGGACAAUAUGCCACCGAUAUCACUACGUGGAUCUUCGCCAUUACAGCCGGCAUGUUUCUAUACGUGGCACUUGUUGAUAUGCUCCCAGAAAUGCUGCACGGGGACGGCGAAAAUGAAGAACACGGAAGCUGUCCGAUGGGACAAUUCAUCCUGCAGAAUUUGGGACUUCUGCUCGGUUUCACCAUAAUGCUGCUCAUUGCCCUGUAUGAAGAUAAAAUAGUGUUCGACAUCCAGUUCUGAUGGCACUCGCCAUGGUCCAGGCCUAACGUUUGUGUCUGUCCGCUCGCUUUCUCUGUGAAAUGAUGCAAGCACAUGCAGUAAAUGAAACCCCCUUCCCGAAAAUUGCAUCGUAAGGUACUCCGUCAUCACUGCAGGCCCACCAAGAAGUCCUAAGGAAAUCAUCACUGUGAUCCGUGUUCCGCUGCCUGUUUCACCAAUGGACAUUACCAUACACUGAGAUAAUGACUUUCUCAUCGGUUCUGGGUUUUGGAAAGCUGCCGGGUUUUAACGCUUUACUACGUAGUAGUUGAUGAGGUGGAACUUUUAUUUUUUCCAGUUUGCUUGCAUUCCAAGUCCUUGCGGUACCAAAACCCUAUCAAAGUAUUAUCUUCACGUUGGGAGGUCUCUGGAGACGAUUUACUUGAUAAUCACAUAGUGUUCCUUGUUUACAUGUUCUCGUCGGAGGUCCAUUCUUCAGUUUUCGGUGCUUUUUUUUUUUUUUUUUCCCACAGGGGCCGAAUCAUUAUCUUCAUGCUGGAAAAAUGUUCACGUAGAAUAAAAAACAAAUGUUUGCAAGGAAUUAUGGUUUCUCCUCCGCUCCUGUAAUGUUGAGCGUUCGUGUGGCGCUACUGGUUUAAGCCAUGCUUAGGACAGCAGGGAAGCCUAACGUGUAGGUAUCCUUAUAAAUCACUGCACCCGAAAAUAUGUCUCUAUGUGUAAUGCAGAGUUGCAGACCCUUAAAUUUUAUGGAUCUGAAAUUUUUUUGAGGGAUCUUCUCUGGGUCUGAUCUAAAAGUUUCUGGUCUGUUGUCUGAAUACAUUUUGGGUUCUGGUCUGAUGUCUGAAUUAAUUUAGGGAUCUAACCUCAGACCAGGCCCGCCAGGUAAUUCAUACACUAGAACAAAAACCUAGAGUAAUUGGGCGUGACUCCUGGGGCCUUGGCGUGACUCCUGGGGCCUUGGCGUGACUCCUGGGGCCUUGGCGUGACUCCUGGGGCCUUGGCGUGACUCCUGGGGCCUUGGCGUGACUCCUGGGGCCUUGGCGUGACUCCUGGGGCCUUGGCGUGACUCCUGGGGCCUUGGCGUGACUCCUGGGGCCUUGGCGUGACUCCUGGGGCCUUGGCGUGACUCCUGGGACCUGGGCGUGACCCAUUCUAAUCUCAGACAUUCCAUAAAAGACAUAUUCUACUUUGUCUUCGUGGUAACGUUUUUAUGCAGACCUGAUGUAAUGUCUAUUUUUCUGGCCCAUCUGCCUGUACUUCAUGCUGCAAUUUAAAAAAAAAUAUAUUUUUUUUAAAUGUGAAAAAGUCAAAGCCCAUAAAACGCAUCAAUAGUGGUGCAGUUUCCAAAAAUGUGUUAAGCAGCGACAUCUGGGAAAACUGCUCCAGAAAUAUCUGUUUUUGCGCAGAGUGAAGCUGUCUGUAUUUUACUUGAUAAAUCAGUCCCUGAAGCGGUUUUUUUGUACAUAUCAUUUUCACAGCAACACAAAGGGAUGUGAUUUCUCUGAUCUUUAUAAUUUUGUACUAAGAAACUGUGCUGGAAUUAUUAAUGGCGGUUGUCCUGCCCAUCAUAUGGUGCACACAAAGGUAAAGAAACUGGAAAUGUAAACAUUUUCUUUGACAAUCUGCCAGUGUUGAUGUGCCAUGGCUGCAUGUAACCACUGCAGCCAGUCACUGUGCCAUACUUGUUGGCAUCACGUCUCUUUGGGUGAUGCCAGUAGUAUGGCUGCUGAAGAUGCAUGCAGCCAUGGGUACGUCAUCUGUCAGCCUCUCACCAGAGACCACCACCGGGGUUGGUUUUUAUUUUUUUAGUUUUUAUAACAUUUGCAGCUUUUUGUUCUUUUAGGAGACAGUAAACCCCUUUAACUGUGUUACUUUUGUUCUCUAGAUCUAUUCAUAAGGUGCAUCCGGCUGUAGCUGUGAGAACCUACCUAAGCUUUAAUGCUAUGGUUUACAUAGAACUGGUUGUGUCUCCUGCUAUGGAGAAGGGGCAGCGCACAGAACAGGUACAUAUGGCAGAUGAGCGGCCUGUCGUAUCGCAAUCUGUUUACAAUAAACGGGUCCUCUUGUCCUUAAAGGGGUGUGCCAAGAUUUAAACUUAUCCACAGGGUUAGGGAUAAAUGUCUGGUUGGUGGGGCUCCGACUGCUGGGACGAGGAGGGGGCUCCUUAGUCUCCCAUAUGAAUGGAGCAGUGGUUGAGCAUGCGCACUGACACUCCAUUUCCCUAUGGGAUUUCCAGAGAUGGCUGAGUGCCGUACUCUCCGGCAAUCCAGUGGAAGGGAAUGGAGCCGCAGUGUGCACGCAUGGGUCGGGGAACCACCCCCUUGAAUGAAUGUAUUUCUGUGUAUCAUCCCAUGACGAUCCUGCAGAUCAUAUCAUUAGGCGUGUAUAAUGUUAACUCCCAACCAUUAUAGUCAUGUAAAUUGUAUGCACAUACUCUGCUGAGUUGUACGGCUCUUUAAGCCACAGGCGCAUUUUGGUCACAUCAGGAUAGCGUUCAGCGGCAGAAUGCGAUCAAAAGAUCCAUAGUUGCAGCGAACCGGAUGAGGUUUAAAGGUUUUGGACAUCUUCAGGCAAUUUUUUAUUAUUGCAUUUUACUCAUUUUGGGCUAUAAAUAUAGAUAUUUUUUUCAAUUGGUCUUUAAAAAUUUCCAGCAGUUUUUUCGAUACACGGGGUUAAAAAUCAGUCUAUUUGCAGACUGUAUCUCCUGGGUUCUGCUCAUUUGAGGCCUUAUCUCUGAUCUCCUGACCUCAUAAACACUCAUUAAGGCCUCAUUCUUAUCUUUUUAGCUAAAAAUUCGUGUUUGAGGCCACGAGAUCAGACUUGAGACUGAUUUUUAACACCAUAUAUCACAAAAACUGCUGGAAAUUUUCAAUACCAAUUGAAAAAAUAUUUUUUACCCCCAAAAUGAGCAAAAUGCAAUCUUAAAUAAACCGCCCCAAAGGUGUCCAUAGUCUUCCAACAAAUCUCAUCCACUCACUGCAUGAAAAUUGAUGUCACAGAUUUGAAAUCCACCACACAGGGUAAAAUCCGCUUUUUACAUCCCGUUCGGACGUACCUUAAGAGCUCAUUCACACUUGCGCACUGAAUUCUCAUUUGCGUAUGUUUUUUGUUUUUUUUCAGUGCGCAGAUUUUCAGCGAAUCCAUACUGUUUUAGCCCAUAUAAGUCAAUAGGUUAAGUUAAAAAAUGUGCGUUCCUUGUUUUACGUAGUUCAGGCAUGCACAUUUUGUUCCUUUUUUUUUGUCCAAAUUUGAGCAAAAAAAAAGGUUAAUUCUUUUUGACAAAAAUAGAACAUAUUGGCUGAAAAAACUGACAAAUUAUAUAGAAAUGCAGCACAAAUUAAAAAAAUAAAAAAAUUUGUAUUUAAUGCGUAUUUUCAUACGCAAGUGUGAAUGAGCUGCUCUUGUUUUGUGAAUGGGGUCCUCGGUGUUGCGCCAAAAUGUAAACUUAUCCGUGGGAUGGCGGAAAAGUGUCUGAUCAGUGGGAACCAACCUCUGGAGGUCCCAUGUGUCCCCCUCCCCUUGUGAAUGGAGCAGGGUUGAGCGUGCCCCCAUUCAUUCUCUAUGGUUGUGCUGGACACGUAUGGCGCUCGGCUAUCUCCGGGAGUCCCGUAGAGACUGAAUGGAGCGCCAAUCCUGGACAACCCAUUUAAGAGGUUAAAAGGGUUGUCCGCUCCAUUCAUUCGGGGAACCAAUCUAUAUUGUGGCGCUACCCCAAAAUAAUAUGGAUGCAUAAAAGGUUAUCUGGCGUACAGAUUGAUGCACCGAUACGGGAGGAUUUGAGACAUGCAGUGUGAACAGGCCCCUGGAGUCCUGAUUUUUCAUAGUUUAGAUUUUUCCGCUCUUAGCUGAUUGAGCGGGUUGAACUUCGUUACUAAUGUAGGUUAGGGUAAUUAACCUCUGCACAUGUCUGGAUAUGUACGAGCUACUGUUUCUUUCUUUGCACUCUGAUUUUAUUUUUUUAGAGGUUUAAUGUAGAAUUUUUUUCCGAAAUUUUGCGCUCUACACUCCGGAAUGAAUUGUAAAGAUGUUACCAUUUUUUUUUUUUUUUUUUUUACUUGUGUAUUAAAACACCACAUUAAAAAAAAUAAAAAAAUCAUGUUUUCCUGGUAUUGUCAUGUUAUUGGAGGCAUUGAUGGUUCCGGGUCCUGAAAAAAAAAAAAUACUUGGAGAGACACAAGAUAAGCGACAACAGAGUUGUUUGGCGGCCGCUUAUCCCAAUCUUGCUAAAGGAGUAGCAUUCUUAUCGCGAUGACCUCGACGGGCGUGCCUUGGCUUUAUUCUGCUAGGAUUUUGAUAUUGAUGGACUGUCCUUAGGAUAGACAACCCCUUUAAGAGCCUGUGCAGAGAUCAAAACGAGCAUUACAAGGGGUAUUCCCAUCUCGGACAUUAGGGUCUUAUAACACUAGAACAGGGAUCGCGCAAACCUCCAGCACUCCAGGUGUUGUGAAACUACAUCUCCCAUCAGGCACACUUGCUUGGCUGUUCUCUGAGCUCCCACCAAACUGAAAGGAGCAUGCUGGGAGUUGUAGUUUCACAACAGCUGGAGUGCCAAAGAUUGCCGAUACUUGUGCUAGGAAAUGUCUACAAUGUCUGAUAGGUGCUGGUCCCAUCUCUGUUACCCGUACUUAGAAUGGACACCACAAAGUGCCUGAGGGUGCACUGUGCAUGUGCAACCGCCCUCCAUAGCUCGGCUAUCUCCGUCAGCCCCAUAGAAGAGAGUGGCUGCACUUGUGUGAUGCGCUUCCCAUUCAUUUCAGUGGGACUUCCGGAGCUCAUUGAUAUAUGGGGGGAGGCUGCUCACAUUGGAAUCGGGAGAGGGUAGGUAGUCAGUAAGGGCAGGUUCACACGGAGGAUUUUGUCUGCCACAGCAAAAACUGCUGCGGUGGGUUUUCAUACAAACCCGCUUUAGGUUUAAGUGCCUUUCAGUGGCGCUAAACGAAGAGCAGGCUUCUGCUGUGUCUUUGUAAGAGGUUCGUGCGGUAACUGCGCCAAGAACGGGGCUGUACAUUCUUGGAGUGGUCUUGAAAACCGCAUGGCACAAUCCCUCAGCCGCAUGAACUGCGAAGCGGACUCUGAUUGAAAACAAUGGGAGGCUGUUUUGGCACAAAUUUUCGGCACCGAAUCCGCUCUGAAACCUGCGCCCCAAAAAUCUUACGUCGGAACAUUCCCUCAGACCUUCCAUAUCAUGUUAAUCCCAAGAUGAUCUUCUGCAUUUGCAGACGCCACGCUAAAGUCGCCUCAUCAGGAGGUCUCCUAAUCGCUGGCGAUUUCAGGACACAGCCGGUCCACAAGCUGAAAGCCUAGAGGUGAUAACUGCUGCAAGCGACUGCUUAUAUGCACUGCUUGCGGUAUUAGGCUGGAGCCACAUAGCGACUUUGCACGGCCGCGGAUGGCGGUGUAGAUAUGAUCCCUGACGGGCAAUGAUCGUAUGCCAUCCAUCUCUAGGUAUAGCGUUAGGCAGGAACGCUUCAUGUAUCA